AUGGUGGGCAGCGGAAGUGUGCGUGCGUUGCGUGCCGCUGCGCCGAGCGCGCGCGCGUUUAGCACAAGCAGCGUUACGAGUCUGUCGCGCCGUGCGAACCGAUUGAAUAAGCGCAAGAAAGACGAGGCGCUCCACCAGGCCGUCUCGCUCUACCACCUCACCCCCAGCUUCUUCCCGCUGGCCCCUGCUGAGAAGGACGCCGAGCUGGGCGAUGCGGUGACGGAAAGCAUUCUUGGCCAGUUCUAUGGCGAGCGCGAUGGCCGGCCUUUUGUGCAGUUCGCCACGACGUCGGAGCUCUUGCACCAGCACAACCAAGAUGUGCAGACCGGCCGCAAGGACACGCUCGGCGAGCUCGAUAUGUACGAUACCCUGCGCAUCCAGCACACGCUCGCGUCGGACGUCUCUGGACGUCCGCAGGCGUCUGCGGAGCCGGCCGAGGGGCCGGUGCGUGUGCGCCAGCACUUUGUGCACCAGCCGAGCGCAUACACGACGCGCCGCGCGCGCGAUGCGGCGGGACACGGCGACCUAUACAGCAACGAGGAGAUGUCGACGCGCAGUGCGCAGGUCCGCGACGCGCUCUUUGGCACCGUCGCCGGCGAGCUGCCCGGCCUCGACGUGGUGCGCGAGCGCGAGCGCAAGUGGCAGGGCGACGAGGAGAAGUAG